UCACAGCCCGGAGAGGUUUGAAUCCACUCUGUGGCCCCAGUCGCCGCCAUGCUGAGCUGAGGGAGAGCGAACUCACCAGACCUCUGUCACGCUGCUGCUGCUGCAACACUCCACCUCCACAAACACCGGGACAAAGAGAGGAGCUAACCCCGCGGAUCUUCCCACUCAGAUUAUGAUCACUGUGUCGCAGGCCUUUCCUUCGACCGUUUCCAACUGUGUGAAGAAAAGUGAAAAGAAGUUUUAAUGUAUCAGUAUUCGCUCGCCGACGCCAUGACGGACAAAGGAAACUUUACCGUUCCGAAGUCAUCAGAGUCUAAUAUGGGAUUUGGCGUGCUGGGAGUGUUUCUGGGUCUGCUCCUGGAGGUCUCCACCCACGGACCCCACGCUGUGCCUCGAAUGUCCUGGAGACACCAAGAUUUAGAUCUGCUGGAGUUUUCGGAGCCCGGGAUCUACAACUACUCUACGUUGCUGCUGAGCGAGAAAAAGGAUGCGCUGUAUGUCGGAGCCAGGGAGGCCAUCUUCCAGCUCAGCAAGAAGAACGUGACAGUCAGGAACAACAAGGUUGAGUGGACAGUCGCAGAAAACCCCUUGUUGAUGUGCACGCUUAAAGGAAAAUCCAAAGAGAAGGAUUGUCUAAACUACAUUCGAGUUCUCCAAGUGGUAGACGACGAGCGGUUGUACGUCUGCGGCACGCACGCAUUUCAACCUCGGUGUGAUUACUUGAACCUCGCUGACUUCUCAUUGGACGGUCAGGCUGAAGAUGGCCGGGGACAAUGCUCCUUUGACCCGUCGCAGAGCUUCACCACCGUCAUGGUCGACGGAGUGCUGUACUCUGGCACGGCUUUUAACUUCUUAGGCAGCGAACCGAUUAUUUCCAGAUACUCUCCAGACCAGUCCCUGCUCCGAACGGAGUACUCCACGUCGUGGCUCAAUGAGCCCAGUUUUGUUCACGCAGACGUGAUCAGAGAAGGGAGGAACGAAGCAUAUGGCGAGGAUGACAAAAUCUACUACUUUUUCACCGAGGUGUCGGUGGAGUACGAAUUCUUUGGCAAGCUGCUCAUCCCCAGGGUGGCGCGCGUCUGUAAGGGCGACCUCGGGGGGCAGCGCACUCUGCAGAAGAAGUGGACGUCCUUUCUCAAAGCUAAGCUGGUGUGCUCCAUGCCCGAGCUCAACUUCGUCUUCAACGUAGUGCACGACGUCUUCAUCCUGAAGGAGUCCGACUGGAGGGACACGGUCAUCUACGCCGUCUUCACCUCCCAGUGGGGUAACGUGGGCCUGUCAGCUGUGUGCGCUUAUAACAUGACAGCUGUGGAGGACGUCUUCUCCAAGGGCAAGUACAUGCAGAAGGCCACAGUGGAGCAGAGUCACACCAAGUGGGUGCGCUACAAUGGCAUCACUCCUUCUCCACGUCCAGGAGCAUGCAUCAACAACUUAAUGCGACAGCAGAACAUCAGCAGCUCCCUCCACCUGCCGGACAAGACCCUUCAGUUUGUAAAGGACCACCCCCUGCUGGAGGACCCUGUCCUGCCCAUCGGCAACGGUCCUCGUCUCAUCACCAAAGACGUCAACUACACCCAGAUCGUCGUGGAGAGGGUCCGGGCGCUCGACGGGAACAUUUACGACGUCAUCUUUACCGCAACAGAUAAGGGCAUCUUGCAUAAGUCGGUGGUGUACGACGGAGACGUUCACAUGGUGGAGGAGAUCCAGCUUCUAAAGAACCCGGAGCCCAUCAAGAACUUACUGCUGUCAUCUGAGACACGAUCCCUGUACGCCGGUUCGGACUCGGGCGUGGUCCAGUCACCCACAGCGUUCUGUGGCAGGUAUCCGUCCUGUGAUGGCUGCAUCCUGGCACGAGACCCGUACUGCGCCUGGGACCGCCGCACCGCCGCCUGCGUCAACAUCUUAGAUGCUCCCAGCCCACAGCACGGGAAGCUGAUCCAGAGCCUGAAUGGUGACGCAGACAAGUGUCCUUCAGCGUCAGGUCUGUCGCUGAAGGACUACCAGCAAGUGAAGGUGAAACCGGGGAGCUCUGUCGAGCUGCUCUGCCUGGUACACUCCAACCUGGCCCAUGUGAUGUGGAAAUCCAACAGCUCGGUUCUCACCGAGGCCUCUCGCUUUCACCUCAUAGGUGAAAAUGGUCUCCUCAUUUACAGCGUGGCACCAGAGGAUCAAGGUCACUACGAGUGCUGGUCCGUGGAAUGGGCCGCCGCUGCCGGGAAGAACUUCAGUCGCCUCCUGGCUGGAUACGUCCUCACUCUGGAUCUCCCGACCAGAGCCCCACACCAGGCGGGCCACCGCACCACCACCCUCGGCAGCCACGAGACACCUAGCACCGCUGAAGGUAAUGAUGAGACAGACAAAGCCCCACUAACUUCAGCCCUCGCCCCCCCCACCUUCCCAGCCUCUGCCCUCUUCACCUCCCCGCCCCAAACUGACUCGUCACUAACCCCGCCCCCUAGCAGCACAAUCAAGCUCCAGCCAAAGUUGGAAGCUCUUCCAUCAAGCUCCAACAGCGCCCGCCCUGACAACCGGGACCCAGCGGCCGAGUAUCUGCAGCACAACAACAGCAUUGCCCUCCUCUUUCUCUUCCUCCUGUUUUUCCUCCUCUUCCUGGCUGCGCUGGCCUACAACUGCUACAUGCAGUACCUUCCAGCUCCCUGCCUGCGUAUGCGAGCUGCUCUGCUGGGCAGCCACAAGAGCGCCACUCAGCCCGAGUAUCGCACCUGUGAAGCAGGUCUGAUGGAAGCGUCCGCGACGGACAAAAUUCACAUGACGGAGCAGCCGACGCAGAACGGCAGCCAAACCACACAACACCUGCGGGCGCUCCGCGACACAGGGUAUGAGACCGAGCCAGAGUCCGGCAACGGUCGGAUCCCCUCCCACAACUUCGGAGAGGACAGCCCGUCGCAGGAGAAACCCUUUGACGUGGACUGUGAAUCUCAGCCCAUCCAGUUUGCAGACGCAGAUGAACCUUACUGCUAAGCAGACGCCUGCUCUAGUUUCUCUCGGCAUCGAGAGGAGUUACAGGGGGUCACGUUCUUGCUGCAUCUUCCCACUGCUCACAAGUCUUAAGUGUUGUCCUCUAUAUGGAAGCAUGUUCAGUCAGUGUACAGCAUUGGAUGACGUUUUAUCAUUACAAGGCUUAAGGCGGGCGCCCCACUUGUGCAGAUUUACCUCCUGCUGUCUGACUUAGAGCUUUUUCUGAUAAAGUACAACUGUGCCCAUUGAAGCUGCACCAUCUCAGCUAAGUCCAGCGAGUGAAGCUAUUUCUUAAAUUCCAAACUGGAAACAUUCUUUACCAAAUUGGUAAGUUACUGUGAUGUUUUCCAAAUUGGAAUCGUUUUUUUAUUUGGUACAGCCUGGGUGAGAAAAAAAUCUCUUAAAGCUUUUGCAUUUUUUUUUUUCUUCAAAGCAAAGCGUUGGCUGUUGAACUUGGGUAAAUGCUUCACCGUUACAGUGUUUUCUCAGGGAAGAUUUUCUCGGUACUUUGCAGCCUUGCUUCGUUGUACAGUGUUGCCGUCUGCAGAGCGCCUUAUCUCACCCGUCGAGGCGGCGAAGUCGAGUUCGAAACAUCAGAAAAAGAGAAAAACAUGGAUUAAAUCAAACCACUGUCUUGUUUGGACUCAUCCUGCGCAACAAUCUGGAGUCUCUGUAUUUAAUUUCUUUUCCCUCCCUGUGAAGUAGACAUUCCUACGUGGAUACAACUCCUGACAGUCCUGUGUAUUAACCUCUACUAGUCAUCUGCCCUCAUGUGGUUUGUUAAUAACGUAAAUAUGAUUUAUGAUGAUAUCAACCGUCAGUGGUUCUUUCCUC